AUGAUGAAGUUAAACUUGAUUAUAUUGAUGCUUAUGGCAAAUUUUGCCGUUACUUAUGGACUUUAUGUGCCUGGGUAUGACCAUUACUUGAAUACUGGUGUGGCUCAAGCAGUACAAAAGGUCUUAUCGUUAAAUCUAUUUCCAAAUUAUAACGAUAAAGUAGAUUCACUUGAUAUUAUAGAACAAUCUGAAUAUGAAAAAUGGUUAGUAACACAAGGAAAUACUUCGUUUCAAGGGAUUUUGAAUAAUAUUGGAGGCAUUAGUGAGUUCCUACAAGAAAAGGAGGUUAGUGAAGGGGCAGUCAUCGCGUCUCCCUCAAAGAAUAAACCAAAUUAUUUCUACCAAUGGGUCAGAGAUGCUGCGUUAACAAUUCGAUCCUUGGUUCAUUAUCUUGAGGACAACAAUACUAAGAACCAGAAGAUAUGUUCCAUAAUUGAAAAAUAUAUUGAAAAUAAUUACCACUUGCAAAGAUUACCGAAUAAUCUGGGGAGGUUUGAUGAUAAUACUCGAUCAGGUUUAGGAGAACCAAAAUUUAUGCCUGAUUGUACAGCUUUCGAUGAGCAUUGGGGGAGACCUCAAAAUGAUGGACCAGGAUUAAGAAUUUCGACAAUUGUUUCCUACCUAAAUUUAAUGGAAAAGUAUGGACUACGCUUGUCUAAUAAGUUUUUGAAAGACGAAAGAUUUAUAUACGACGAAAUCAUUAAACCAGAUUUAUUUUAUAUAGUUAAAAAUUGGAAGAAGGAGAGUUUUGACAUUUGGGAAGAAGUCAAUUCUAUUCAUUUCUUCACAUCUAUGUCCCAAUUAAGAGCUGUUAUAGAUGGACUCAAAUUAGCCAAGAAAUAUGAAGUAGAUAAACAGUUUGUUGGCCAAUUGUAUGAAACUAUCACCAAGUUGAAGCUGUUUAUUGAAGUUGACGCAAGAUUUGCUAUCCCUUCAUCUCUUUAUAUUAUUGAGAUACCAGGCCUAUUUUCUAAUGGUAAAAGAUCAGGACUAGAUGCUGCUGCUUUGCUUGCAAGUAUACAUUCACAUGACCUUGAAGUUGAUGAAUACUCUGAUGUACCGUUUGAUGUUAACGAUUAUCAUAUUUUAAAUACGAUUAAUGCAAUGGCUUCUGACAUGAGGUUUAGGUAUCCAAUAAACCGUGAUAGAAUAGGAAAACCUUCACUUGGUGUUGCGCUAGGUAGAUACCCUGAAGACAUAUAUGAUGGAAUUGGGACAUCAGAGGGCAACCCAUGGUUUAUCGCGACUGCGUCAGCAGCAGAAGUUAUUUUCAAAACGAUUUACAAGCUACUGGAUAGUCAACAGGAUUUGUUGAUUAACGAAUAUAAUCAGGAAUUUUUUAAGUCAUUCAUUAACUUUGAAGCCGACGAUUUAGAAGAAUUUGUCAUUCCAUAUAAUUCCAUCCGGUACAACAAUGCGUUACUUAAUUUAUUUGACUUUGGUGACUCUUUUUUGAAGAUAAUAAAAGACCAUGUUGAUGGAAAUGGUCAUAUGUCUGAACAAUUCAACAAAUAUACGGGCUAUAUGCAAGGUGCUAAGGAUCUAACUUGGAGUUAUAGUGCUUUUUGGAAUGCUUUGAGGUGGAGAAAUAAGACCCUCGAAGUCAUAUCCCAUCACAAUAAUAAUCAGAAUUAG